GCAGCGGCGGUGAUUGGCACGUUUAUCCACACCACCACCAUAGCCGGACAGUAAACACCACUGGAGAUAUCCCUCUUCCAGAUGAGGAAAGUUGAACCAUGAAAUCAAAAGCAAUGCUUGCCACAGGCCUGUCACCCAUAUUUUAUUUCUGGAGUAUUUAAUAUCUAUGUAUUAUAAUUUUGCUAGUAGUGUUCAAUACAAGCAAACUUAAGAGAUACUUAUGAGACAAGAGGCAAAAUUAAACACUGGUAUCUUUUGCGUCAUGUUGGAGUAAAUCAUUUACUUCAAUACUCCAGAGUGACAGCACUGUUGCUUGUUGAUUAGUGUAGCUUUUCAUUAUUUUAUAGUAAUUUCUUUAAGGGGGCGAUUGUUUCUUUAGGAGUACACCUGCUUCGAUCUCCUUUGACUGAUAUCAGCUACCUCAAAAGAAAGAACGCUGGCCAUUUAAAUCCGUUGGAACCAUCGCCCUUUAAUAACAGCCAUUCUAAAGGAUCAGCCUCCUGGACGAUCGAGGACCUCAUUAUUACCAGCCAAAUAUCUAACCGUCAGCUAUCUCAUUAUCUGGGAACAAUCCAAAGACAAUGGUACACUGUGCGGGGUGCGAAAGGCCUAUUCUUGAUAGGUUCCUAUUAAACGUCCUGGACCGAGCUUGGCAUGUGAAGUGUGUGCAGUGCUGCGAAUGCAAAUGCAAUUUAACAGAAAAAUGUUUUUCACGAGAAGGGAAGCUCUACUGCAAGAACGACUUCUUUCGUCGUUUUGGUACCAAGUGUGCCGGCUGCUAUCAGGGUAUCUCCCCAAGCGAUCUGGUGAGGAGAGCGAGGAGCAAAGUCUUUCAUCUGAACUGUUUUACUUGUAUGAUAUGCAACAAACAACUUUCCACCGGAGAAGAGCUCUACAUCAUCGAUGAAAACAAAUUUGUUUGCAAAGACGAUUUUUUAAACAGCAAUAAUUCGAAAGAAAACGGUUCGCUGUCACUAACGGCAUGUAGCGAUCAAAGUUUAUCACCGGAUUCUCAAGAUCAUUUACAAGAUGACACAAAGGACUCAGAAAGCGCCAAUAUUUCAGAUAAAGAGACUGCCAAUAACGAGAACGAGGAACAGAACCUGGGAGCCAAGCGCCGGGGACCCCGCACAACCAUCAAAGCAAAACAGCUGGAAACUCUCAAAGCGGCUUUUGCAGCCACCCCCAAACCCACAAGGCACAUCCGAGAGCAACUGGCUCAGGAAACCGGGCUAAACAUGAGGGUUAUACAGGUCUGGUUCCAGAACAGGAGGUCCAAGGAGAGGCGGAUGAAGCAGCUGAGUGCUUUAGGGGCUCGUAGACACGCGUUUUUCCGCAGCCCCAGACGGAUGAGACCCCUGGGAGAUCGCCUCGACGGGGCUGACAUGAUGGGAAACGGCCCUUUCAAUUACUACGGGGAUUAUCAGACUGAAUAUUAUGGCCCUGGAAGCAAUUACGAUUUCUUCCCUCAAGGUCCUCCCUCAUCUCAAGCUCAGACUCCGGUGGAUCUGGGUUUUGUGCCCUCCUCCGGGCCUGGGGCGACCCCACUCGGCGGACUCGAGCAUCCACUGCCCGGCCACCACCCGAGCAAUCUUCCCGGGCCAGGCGACGGCCAGAGGUUUACCGACAUGAUCUCUCACUCACAUGGGGACUCUCCCAGCCCAGAGCCGGGGCUAACAGGACCGUCAAUGCACACGAUGGCGGCGGAUGUGUUCGGCCCGGGUCCCAGCCCGUCCUUCUCUCUCACGAAUGGGGGAUACACCAACCAUUUGUCACAUCCGCCUCCGGAAAUGAAUGAGGCAGCCGUCUGGUAACGACUUCCGACGACGGAAAUUACUGAAAUUGACAAUGUGUCUCCCUCUCCGCGCUCCAUCCCACCCCAAAGACAAUUCGCUCGCUGCCCGGUCAGCAAGGACGAGGCCAGAUCAUCAAACAAAACUCGUCACAAAAAUACUGAAAUAACAUUUUUUUUUAAAAAGCGAAAGCUUCAAACGAGAAGGAAAUUGCAACGAGUUAGUGGAGCAACAAAGUUUUGAACGGGACGGCAUUCUGAGCGGAGUUUCUAACACCCAAAAAGUACACAUUUCAGAAAAGACAAAGGCGUUCGGGAGCCCUCAAGACUUCAACGCAAACUACUCUACCUACACAAAGCUGAACAACAAAAAGAAGCUCAUAAAUGAACUGAAAGAGUCUACUGUUUACGUAUUAUAUUUAAUUCAGGAGUUUAAUGUUUUAGAAAACAUUUUAGAACCUCUUGAUCUGAGUUGAACAAACGGGCAUCAUGUAACCAAACCUUUUUAUUUGUUUCCAAAAGAUGUACAAAAAAUUUUACUGGAGUUAUGAUUCACAGCUCCAGAUUGUACAAAGUGAUUUUUUUUGCGUAUGUUUACAAAAGCGGAGAAACAAACUAGAAAGGUGCCAAAUAGAUAAGUCAUAGCACAAUUACUGUAGGUGCAUUGCACCAUCCACUGGAGAAAGUGUUCAGAAAGAGAGUGUUAAAAAUAAACUUUCUGCUCAUUUUUAGCUCUCUCAUAGAAAUCAUUCAUAUUGUUAAUAAUGCUCAUAUAGAUUCAUACAGGAUUUUAUUUUUGUGUCUUACAGAAACGAAAGGUCAAAUAUUUAAACAAUUUUACUACAUGGUCAAAUAUGCAGUUGAUAGCUGCUACUUUUUUCUUUAUACAGUAUAGAAUUCCUCAUGAUAUCAAUUUUUGUCAUAAUGAUAGGCCUAAGCUUCUGUGACCUCCGUUGCAUAUUAGACCAUUCACUGUAUAAAUGAAAAAAACAU